AGAAAAGUGAAAUAAUCCUCGCCGGAGAGGUGUCUGGUUUUGAUUUUAGCCGGCGACGAAUGUGAAUGAAAGCUGAAGAAGAAUCAAAAGCUAAUAAGGGCAAUUUAAGGAAAACUUAAAGAGAUGGCGUUUAAGCCUUUUGGAAAAGAUGUAGGGCCGGCGAUGAGCUCCAAGCCAUCGCCGUUUACAACCUUCGGCACUUCUGCUCCAACGCAUCCCACAACCACCAGUGAUCCUCCAGUUCAGCCACUGGCGUCUCAAAACCGUUCACCCUACGCAGGACAAUCUUUUGGACCUGCUGGAAUUCAAAGUGGUCCUCCAAUUCAGCAAGCACCCCCUCCUUCGGCUUCUCAAAACCCUCCACCCUUUAUAGGGAAACCUUACCGACCAGGUGGGGUUCAAAGUAUUCCUCCAAUGAAUCGAACACCAACUCAUUCGGCUUUUCAAAAUCCCCCAGGACAAUCUUACCGACCUGGUGGAAUUCAAAGGAGCCCAGGACCUGCCAAUGGAAUACCAUGGGGUUCGGAAGCUUUUCCACGUCCAAGCCCCUCUGUGAGACCUUACAACUUUCCUGAAGUUCAGAGGCCUACUUUAUAUCCUCAAACUGGGCAUGAUGAAUCAAGGAAUUUCUUGAAGGAUCAUGGUGAACAUAGUGUAGCCACCACGCCUCCAGCUAGUACAUCACACACUCUUUCCAGAAGUGGAACUGAUGCUGUUGAGAUUGGCCGAUCACAAGAUUCGAAAAGGAAAAGUCGGUCAGAUCUUUUUCCUGAUCGGAGUAUGGGGUUUUCUCGACAAAAUCAAUCGCCUGUAUCUGGUUUUGAGGAUGGCAGCUUGCUAAAUGAUUUCCAGCAGCCUUCUAGCCAAACUUGGAUGCGCUCUCCCUCUUCUGUGGAGUAUAAUCCUGAGAGGUCGAGGAGCAAUCCCAGUCGGUUGAUUCAUCAAGAACAAACCCCAAGCCCUUCAUUUCCGUAUGCACAUGAAGUAGCUGAAAUUCAGGAAGCUACAAAAAGAAAGUCUUCGGCUAUAGCACCUUCCGAUAAACCUCUUCGAGACGACCCUGUGUUUUCUCAACAUGAUUUUCGAAGGUUUUCAACAUCUCCUCCUGCGUCAGGCACAAAGUCAUUUUUGCUUUCAAGAAGCUCAGAUUCUCAAUUUCCUGGGCAGCCCUCCUCUGUAAAUAAUUCUAAUAGUGCGAGUAAGACAAGCAAUUCACCUGCUACAAAAAGGACGAGAUCUCCGCCUUUAUAUCCAGUGGAAGAAGAUAUCCAGGGAAACUCUUUUCCUUCUCAAGAUUGUACUGAAGGAGAAGAGCAAGCCAGGGCAAAGAGACUGGCCCGCUUCAAGGGUGAACUGGAGCCUAUUGCAGCCAGACCUGUUGAUACUACUAAAUCAUCUGUAAAUAAAACUGUAAAGCCUCUGGACAACAAACAAACAUUCAAUUCACUGGAAUCAAGUAGGGAUGCCCUGAAGGUUGAUGCCUUGUCUGAUUAUGAAAGCUUGGAGCAGCCCUCUCUUAUCAUUGGAUUAUGCCCUGACAUGUGUCCCGAAUCAGAACGGGGGGAUCGUGAAAGGAAGGGUGACUUGGACCAUUAUGAGCGUGUGGAUGGAGAUAGGAACCAGACGAGCAAAUCCCUUGCUGUGAAGAAAUAUACCAGGACGGCGGAGCGAGAAGCAAUUUUGAUACGGCCAAUGCCUGUCCUUCAGAAUACAAUGGAAUAUUUGCUGAGUUUGCUUGACCAGCCUUACAAUGAAAACUUUCUUGGCAUGUACAAUUUCUUAUGGGAUAGGAUGAGAGCUAUUCGAAUGGAUCUAAGAAUGCAACAUAUUUUCAACCGAGAAGCUAUAACUCUGCUGGAGCAAAUGAUAAGACUUCACAUCAUUGCAAUGCAUGAAUUAUGUGAAUAUACCAAAGGAGAGGGCUUUUCAGAGGGGUUUGAUGCACAUCUGAAUAUUGAGCAGAUGAACAAGACAUCUGUUGAGUUGUUUCAAAUGUAUGAUGAUCACAGGAAGAAAGGAAUAGUUGUUCCUACAGAAAAAGAGUUCCGUGGCUACUAUGCUCUUCUCAAACUCGACAAGCAUCCUGGGUAUAAGGUUGAACCUUCAGAACUUUCUCUUGAUCUUGCAAACAUGACUCCAGAAAUAAGGCAAACUUCAGAAGUUCUCUUCGCCCGCAAUGUAGCCAGAGCUUGCAGAACUGGCAACUUCAUCACCUUCUUUCGCCUCGCACGAAUAGCAAGCUAUCUUCAAGCAUGUUUAAUGCAUGCUCAUUUUUCGAAGCUGAGAACUCAGGCACUUGCUUCUCUGCACUCGGCUCUGCAAAAUAAUCAGGGUCUCCCAGUUUCGGAUACGUCAAAGUGGAUAGGGAUGGAGGAAGAGGACAUAGAAGCCCUGUUGGAGUACCAUGGAUUUUCAAUUAAGGUGUUCGAAGAGCCAUACAUGGUAAAGGAUGACAUAUUUCUCCAUGCUGACAAGGAUUAUAAAACAAAAUGCUCUAAACUUGUUCACAUGAAAAAGUCAAGAACCAUAGUGGAAGAUGUUUCUGCUCCCUCGGUAGGGGAAGAUGUUUCUGUUCCAUCUCCGGUGUCAUCCUUGCCGAAGGAAGCAACAAAAGGAUAUCAACCACAUAUUACCGCCCAUAAACAUGAAAGGCCGCCUGCUCAAAGUCCUAAGAAACAAACAUCAGUGCGUCUAGUUAAUAAAGAAACGACCGACUCUAAGGCUUCCCUCUUACCGGAGGAUGACAAGCCAGUGAAGACAUCUGUUAUCAAUCCAGCAGUGGAUCAACAGAAACAAAUUCACCUUACGCCGGCUGGUGGAUUUCAUUCUCCCUUAAAGUUCUAUUCUCCUUUUGGUUCUCCUGGAUUUCCACUAGCUGAAUCAUCGAAUUUGAAGAAACAGCCUAGUGACGGCCACACUAGUAUAUCUCCUGGGGAAAUUAAAUUUCCAUGUGCUGGGCAUAUGCAAAUGAAUCUUGUGCCUGGACCAACUUUGCAACAAAGUUCGAAGACUAUGCCAGUGAAGAGUGUGCCUGUAACUACCAUUGUAGAGUCUCCGACGAGUGUAGACACCAUAAAUGCUAUGGAAGAAUCUGGACCCGAAGCUGCAAUGGUUAGUACCUUGGAAAAGGACUUCUAUGGCAUUGAACAGCAAGACGAGGAUGGGAAUGGGGUCAUCACAAAUCAGUAUGACGAGGAAGUGGCAAAGGCAAAACUCAAGUUGAUCAUAAGAUUAUGGAAGCGGUGGUCUUCACGUCAAAGUGAAUUGCGGGAGCGUCGACAGUUAGCUGCAGCUGCUGCACUGGAUUCACUAUCCUUGGGUACUCCUAUCCGAUUUAGCAAAACUAAUGAAUCGAGGGCAUGUGGUGAGUUUGACAUUGAUCAAGCCAUGAGGAGGAGAUUUGAAGAACAUGAAAAAUCAUGGUCAAGGCUGAAUAUUUCAGAUGUGAUAGCUGAUAUACUACUCGGAAGGAAUCCAGACUCAAAAUGCAUAUGCUGGAAGGUCAUCUUAUGUACUCAGAUUAAAUCAGUAAACUCAUCAAGUCACGAUACACAUUCAGCAGCUAGUCGAUGGUUAUUAUCAAAGCUUAUCCCUCACGCAGAACAUAGUGUCUCCGAUGAUAAUCCGCUGUUUUCAGCUCCCGGUGUGUCGGUAUGGAAGAAAUGGGCUGCAAGUGGGUCUGACUCGGAUUUCAAAUGCUGUCUCUCAAUAGCUAGGGAUGUGGAAGCUGAUAACGAUCUGUGUGAAACAACACGUGGUGCAAGUGCCGUUCUUUUCCUUGCAUCUAAAGGCCUCCCUCUGAAUCUCCAGAGAGAACAGCUUAACCGCAUUCUUGAAUCAGUACCUAACAGCUCGCUCCUUCCCCUUCUCGUAGUAAUCAGCUCGUGCAAUGGGGAAAGCACGGAUCCUGAUACCAAUCUUGUCUCUGAGCUAGGCCUCCAUGAUAUUGACAAAUCAAAGAUAGCAAGCUUCACCAUCGUUUCUAUUGCUAAUAAGUCCCAGAAGGGACAGGAAGUUCAUUUUUUCAGCGACUCACGGCUAAGGGAUGGGCUUAAAUGGCUUGCGGGCAAUUCACCUCUGCAACCAAAUCUUCAUCAUGUUAAACCGCGGGAACUUGUUCUGACCCAUUUCAGUUUUUCAUUGGAGUUACUUAAGCAGAUGCCAGAUCAGGAAGUUGGUCCUAACAUAUGCAUAUCAGCCUUCAACGACGCAUUGGAAACUUCACAAAGAAAUAUCACUUCUGCUGCUGAAGCAAAUCGGAUUGAUUGGCCUGGCCCUGAGACAAUGUUGCUCGAGGAUAGCAGAAAAGAACAUUCAAUGGUGAAGCGAUAUCUACCCAACCUGAACUGGAGCAGUGCAGAGAGCAUUAAACCACUCAAUUCUGUGCUAGAGAACUGUAAGCUUCCAUAUUUUGAAGAUGAUUUGACAUGGUUAACUCUAGGAUGUGCUUCUGGUGCUGAGGUAGAGAACCAUACGCAACGCCUCGAGGGAUGCUUAGUCGAGUACUUAACACAGACAAGCAAUCUUAUGGGAGUCUCAUUAGCCACCAAAGAAACAGGAGUGAUGCUGCAAAGAAACACUAGACUCGAACUCCAUAACUCAAGCUACUACCAUAUCAUCCCGAAAUGGAUCGGGAUCUUCCAGAGGAUCUUCAACUGGCGGAUAAUGGGAUUGCUCGAUUCGUCGUCUUCCUCGGCCUACGUACUGAAGUCCGAUCUCACUAUGUCAGCUUCAAGCUAUGCUGAUAAAUUCUUGUCUGAAGAUGCAUCGUACCCAUAUUCUCGUCCAAAUCGUCCAUUGCUUCACGAAAUGAUCCAAAUCAGCUGCAGUCCCUUCAAGUCGUCUCCUCCAUGUAAUCACAAAGUCCAGAGAGUUGUCGAACCGGUUGAGACAGAAAGGCCUAUCGAAGAUCAUAGAGACAUAGAUGAGUCGAUGUUGGAGAAGAGUAGAGAAGCUUCUAGAAGGAUUGAUAUGAUGAUAACUGAGGAAGAUGAGUUAGCUGAUGAAACCGAGAGAUCAUGGAGGAGCAAAGGUAAAGAAGCAGCGGAGAAGAAGACGAUGAACGAGAGAGAGAGUGAGAGAUUAGAUGAAUUGUUGGAGAGAUGUAACUUGGUACAGAAUAGCAUAGCCGAGAAGCUCUGCAUUUACUUUUGAAUUUCAUUAAGCCCUUUUUGUUAAUGUUGUAUUGUUGUUACAUUCCAGCUUAGUAGAGUUAGAGGGCAUUGACCUAAAGGCGCUGCUAUUGUAUGAUUACCGAAUGAUCAAAUAUGCAUACAUACACUUACUUGAGAAA